UCCCACUCUUCCCCGUCACUUCUCCUAGGCGAUAUCUCAUGUGACCAGUUUUAUAUCUUCCCCCCCCCCCUCCCCCCCUCUCUCGUUUUUUGGCCUAGGAAAUUAGGUUUUCCGUAGAUCCAAUCACCAGAAAGCUCGUGGAUUUCUUCUCUCUCCGCUGCGCCUCCACAAGGGGGGAAGGCCAUGUAAGUCUUCUGACUGUGCUGAAAGAAUUGCCGUUCCAAUUUGAAUAAGCUUAUUUGGUCUAUUGGUUUCCAGAACAUGGGUAAAUGCAAGGGUUGUGGGAAGUUAGGAAGAAUGGUACCUAGGGAUGGGCUUGUGAGCUCUUAUCGUUUCUCUCUUAUGCAAUCCCCUGUUGUUUCUGUUUGGGAGUGUGUUGUUCGUAAAAUGAGGUAUUCCUUCAGACCUGAGUGGGUGUAGGUGUAAGUCUUGAGCUCGAUUGUUUUCAAAUUUGAUAAGUAAUUAGGAUAAAUUAGUGGUAUAGAAGUCAGGAAAAGCAGGGAAAAAAUAUAAAAUUGAAUAAAUGGUUAUGAUGUAUACAUCCUAAGAAAAUUUCAGAAGAAGUUGUUCAAACAAGAGUAGGUGACGUGACUGAGUAGGUAGAGAGGUGGUUAGUUUUUUGAAAAUGGAAUGUAACAAAGUGGCACCUGGUGUUAGAAAAGCAAAGAAGAAGCAGGUUAAGGAUGAGUUGGAUCGUCUGAAGCAGGCUGAGAAGAAGAAGAGGCGAUUGGAGAAAGCCCUGGCCACUUCAGCUGCCAUUCGUUCUGAGCUAGAAAAGAAGAAACAGAAAAAGAAGGAAGAACAGCAGAGACUUGAUGAGGAGGGUGCUGCAAUUGCUGAGGCAGUUGCUCUGCAUGUCCUAGUUGGUGAGGACUCUGAUGACUCAUGCAAAAUUAUGCUGAAUAAGGAUGAGGGGUUCAGCCCUUGGGAUUACGCCCGAAAUGUUGACUUCUUCAUGGGUGCAAGGAACGCAGUCCUUCAUCAACAUGAUCUCUCAGAACAUUCAUUUGAAGGAACUCGGUGGGUUCCUAAUAUAUAUGGACCUGGAUACGAGUGGGGAACCAGUGACAGGUCAGUCUCAUCUGGGGCUUAUGGAGAGGACCUUUACAUGCCGUAUUCUUAUGAUGCAGAUUGGGGGACUGCAGAAAUCUCUGCAGGCCUUCUUGCAGCACAGGCUGUUGCAUCCCUCCAAAUUGCAGAAGACGCCCAAGUUGACGCAUAUGUUUUCAACAGAAUGUUACAAGGUUGAUCGAACAGAGGCAGUUACUGAUCCAUCCAGCCCAUGGUAUCUACAUCUUGGUCAUGGUUCCGAAAUAAUUUUCUGUAUAUAUUCUGAAUGCGUGUGUAUCUCGUUCACUAGAUAUUGUGCGUUGGCUGUUUUUGUUUUUGUUGACGUGUUGAGCUUGUAUUUUUUCUGGUUGCUUCAAAGAGCUUUAUAUCUAUCUCCCUAUGAGAGUUUGUCACAAUUUACAGACUUUAAUGAGGAAUAUCUCAUCUUUGUUUUCGCCUCA